AUGUUUCGGUUUUUCAAAGUUUUGCACGAAUUUAUAGUCGCUUUAGUGGUUGCUGAUAGCUGGGAAGAUGCCGACGCGGAUCCAGUCAAAGAGCUCAUGGAAAAGGUUGAAAAGGUGAAACUUCUUCAACGACAGGAGGAGAAAAAAGAAGCGUACUUUGAGAAAGUGAAAGCGGAGGAAAGCAUCAAUCCAACUCCAAAAAUAAAAACGGAAGAAGGACUUGGACCAUGUGUUGAGGAACCUAAACGAGUUUUUCUUCGGCGACCGAAAGAUGGUUUUUCCAAUGAAAAUGUCAUCGAAGCGUCACCGCCAGCAGCUACAUCAUCGGAAAGUCACCAAGCUCCACGCGGUCGAUCACAUCAGAAAUCCCAUCAACAGGAGCCGAAGCAACCAGCCCAGACAUAUGAGGAACGGCAAGCAGCCUAUCAAGCGGCUAGAAACCGUAUUUUAGGGUCGGAAUACAAACCGGAUAAUCAAGAAAUAAAAGAAAUCAAAUUUAUCGACCGGUCCAAGUCUCCUGAAACACUCAAAAUGACCCAACAAAAUAUGGUUGAACACUAUGGCGAAGAGCUUAGUCGUGAGUUGAUGCACCAACCUGAGAUGCCUCCUGCUGAUGUUAUAUUGCUUCCAGACUUCUCGCAACCUCCUCCAUGUAUUAGUCAACAGAAUGGAAUGUUCAAUGCCCCGCCUGGAUUUCAGCAACGACAAACAAACUUCCAACAUAAUUUUCCACAAAAUACUCAGUUCAUAGAUGGGCAAUAUUUUAUGCAGAAUGAGCAAAUGCAAGUGCCGUACUCUUCUCAGUUCCAAGGGAACCAGUAUAUGCCACAAGACCCGUCCUCGGUUCCUCAAAAUAGUUUCAUGGAUGGCCACAACGAGCAGGCAUUCUAUUACUCUCCACCGCCACCAACACCACAGCAAAUGGCCUACAUGCAACGGAAUACGGCGUACCCUCCCCCUAAUUUUCAAUCGCAAGGACAAUCGAAUCAACACAUGGUGAAUCAGAUGCACCAUCCUCCGAUGCUUCAACAGCAGCAACAGUCCCAAGCGACCGGUCAAAUGUCGAAUCCGUAUCAAAUGAAAAACGGAACAUCUCGUGGCUACAAUUGCUCUAUGGGACAAAACCGGCAACCAAUGAUGUAUCCUGUAAGCACAGGGGCCUCUAUAAACGUUCCCAACGCACCUUAUAUGGCACAAUGUCCUCCUAACUCUGCCCAAAACUAUUCGAAUAGAAAUGAAAGUUAUGGUCAAAGACAGAUGCAACAAAAUGGACAAUUUGCUCAAUCUCCAAGUAAUAUGAACAAUGGAAGAAGGCAGCCGAAUAAACAAGCAAAAUCUGGACAAAACACUUCGCAGAAGUUAAACCCUGCUCAUCAACAGGUUGGACAAAACCCUGUUCCUUUUGGGUGUCCACCUCGUCAAGUGAAUGCGAUUCGAGAACAACAAGCUGGUAACAUGCCUCCAAACACUGGCGCCGGUAUCCUAGGUGCUCAUCCCAUGACAACAAACCAGUGGCCAACGCUAUCACAAACAAGGCCUCAAUAG